UAUCCUCAUUAUUAUCCUCGUACAAGCUAGCAAGAAGGAUCUGAAAACAGUUGAUUUGUCAAGGAAGGAGAAUAUGUUAAGCCCUUUGUGAUUCAUCCAGUGGAGGGUUUUCUAUGAUCAUAGAGGAUUCCUUAUAAACAUGAUUCCAGCAGCCAGCAUGUGCGGCGACUUCCAUAGCAUUUUGGUAUUCCUUUUAAUUUUAUGUUUUGAAGUAAUAAUUAUCAACUCCAAAACCUCAACAUUGUGGAAACUAAAUUCUGAUAAAACCAAGAUAAUAGAGGCCAGUCCUUUCCACCCUGUUAUAUCCUACCCAACGGAGUUUUCUGGAUCAGGUUUCAUGGAAGAAGAUCCUUUGUUCCAUAUUAUUACAUCCACUGAACAUGUUGGUCAGUCUUGGGUAAAACAAGCUGUUCAGUACUAUUGCACAGACUGCCAGAAAGAUAAACAAAAUCUGACCGAUCAUCCCAUUACAUCAAUGGAAAAUGUAAGAUCCAAUUCUAAUGAUGAAGUUUUGGACUGUGGUAAGCCAGUGAAUUUCACCUACUUUGACAACUUAGUAGGUGUUUUGAACAGACAUAGACAUCCGAUUGUCCCUGAACCUCAAGCAGUCCUAUGUUUUACCAAAAGUUAUGGAAAGAAUAAAAACGAAAUUGAUGAUUUCGACAUAGAUACAUUGGAGAAGAAGCUGAAGAAAGCUAAGAAGGAGAAACCAAAAUCCAUUCAGCUGUAUAACCAAAUAGGAAACUUUUGGCGUAUAAAAGGAGAUGCUGGCAAAGCAAUUGAGUGUUUUCGAAGAGCUCUAGCCGCUUCUCCCCACAAUGCAGAAGUCCUGUUGAAUCUUGCCAGAGUUUUGUUCUCCUUGCAGUAUUUAGAUGAUGCCAUUUACUUGACCAGGAGGUCAUUAGAAGUGCAAUCAUCAGAAAAAGGUGCGUGGCAGCAGUAUUUCACUUUAGGAGAGAUAUUCAAGGCUUACGGGCACUACCAGGAGGCUUCUAUCCAUCUGAAGCAUUCUUUGGAACUCAAUCCAGGAUUUGAGCCAGCUCAAAUAGCGUUAAAAGAGAUGGAAACGAUGCCCGCUGCCACAAUACACAUAUAUACGUUGGUGAUAAUAGUGUGCUUGGUACUCGGAGUUCUACUAGUUAUAUUGUCUUCAGUGGACACAAUUGUCGAUUACUCAGAUGAUAUCAAGCCUCAAAGACACUUCAAUAAAGCAAUGGCAAUGAGAUCCAUCAGAGGGAUCACCAUGACUGCGAAAAGGUGUAAACGAACUGUAACAUAGCAGUGUUUUUUGACCAAAAUUGGGAAGAUCUGAUACUUCUCGUUUCCUGGAUUACUCGAUUUUAUUUCGUACCUGUUCUGUUUGCUCAUUUUUCCAAAAUUCUUAUUGUAUGAAUGAAACAAUUACAAGCAUGAAAAUACCGA